UUUAGUGUGAUAUUUGGUAUAUUUUUGCGUGCCACUUUUACGCAAGUAACAUCGAAUUAACGAACUAUGGGGCGGGGUUGAGGACGUAAUGUUAAUGCUGAAGUUCGUAAACUUUAACCGGCUGACUGUUAGCUUUGUUAGCUUGACAUGUAGCUUAGCGAACCAUUAAAGUUCUAAGUUGUAUCGUCUUUGGCAAUAAUGUGGCAUUUGUGUAGUCUAGCAAAACUAUUAUCGUUCAAAAUAGAAUAUUAAUUGUAAAUAUUUUCUGUGUAAACCACGUCUUUUGUUACCAGUUAUGUAAAUUAGAAUAAUAGUUAUUUGAAUUGGACUUCGUCUUUAAUGGCUGCUUUAGGUUUUACUCCUGCCAGCGAGCAGGACAUUUUCAGGAUUGAAACUAAUAGACAGUCCAGAUUUGAAACGAAGACCAUACUUAGUGGGGAAGAGGCUCGACAGUUUUAUGAAAAUUUAACUAAAGAUGACACUCAAGAAGAUGACACUGGUACAUCACAGGGUGCAAAUAAGUCAACAAAUGCUAAUAAUGGACAGAAGUACAGAAAGUCUAAUGGGAGAGUCAGGAGGCAAAUCGGGGCUGAUGAAACUCAUCAAGUCCAGGCAGGUGAUUUGGUGGAAAGAGGAGUUCGAAGUGAAGACAUCCACAGGAGAGAUGUAACAAUAAGACAGUCGAUCAUCUCUGAAAGGUCUGUGGAGCUCCAGGGCCUCCGGUUGCUACGCUGUGCCCAUGAGGGAGACAUCACACGCCUCAAAGACCUGCUGUCAAAGGGGGCCGACAUCAACUUCCAGGAUAAUUUCUUCUGGACAGCUGUGAUGUGUGCAAGCUGGUCAGGCCAAAGAGCUGCUGUGAGGAUGCUGCUACAACGAGGUGCUGCCUGGGUCGGAGUCGUUGACAUGCAGGGUCGGGACGCCAAGGACCUGGCACUGGCAGCGGGCCACAGUGGAGUGUUGGAGGAGUUUGAGAAUUAUGGAAGAAGUACAAAGAAACCACGUUAUAGAAGCAACCCCCAGCGUCUGUGGUGUGACGUGUGUUGUAACCACUUCAGCGGACGUCUGUCAUCACAUCUGUCUUCCACGUUGCAUCAGUUCAGUUUGCGGCGUCCUCCUCCAACUCCCCACUACUGCCUCCCCCCAUCCAGCGCCAGCUACAAGAUGAUGGUUCGUUGUGGCUGGAAACCAGGGACAGGUUUGGGUCCAGAGGGGGUGGGGCCAAACCAGCCUGUUCCAACUGUGCUAAAGAGGGAUCAGGGGGGCCUUGGGUAUGGACAGACAAAAAGACCCAAAGUCACUCACUUCUUAGCCAGAGAUUAUGACGCAGUGAAACAGCCAUCGAAAGAGAUGAGGGAAGGAAGAGAACAAAGAAAGCAAGAAACUAAGCAAAGGGAGGAAAAAGGUUGGAACUGGGAAAGAGAUUUCCGAACUUCUUUUUAUCUUUGAAAUUUUGGACCGAAUUACUUCACCAGAAUUUUAUCUUCUAAAUUUAACUGAAGAUCUGUCAAACCCUGACGGUUCUGAGAGAAUCCCUUCAGCUGCUCCCUUGUUUUCAUUUGGAGUCGCCACAGCAGAUCCAAGGUGGAUCUGCAUGCUGAUUUGGCACAGGUUUUACACCGGAUGUCGUUCCUGA